GUCGGACUCUGCAGAACCCGCCUCAGUGGUUCUAACAGCGAGGAGCCGUCAAAGAACGCCUGACCCUCCCUUCUGACCUGCUCCUCUUCUCCUCACUGACAGUUUUUAUCCCAAGAUGGUCAGGCCUGUAUCUCAGCUGCUCCAGACUGUGACGUUGCUUUCUGGGCUGAUGAUCUACACAGUUUCACAAAGAGGAGCAGAAAAGAAGCCAAACUUUAUCAUCAUACUGGCAGAUGAUAUAGGCUGGGGAGACCUGGAUGUUAACCAACCAGAGAAAUACACAAAUAAUACACCAAACCUCAACCAGAUGGCCCAGCAAGGGCUCAGAUUAACAGACUACCACUCCCCUGCUUCCACCUGCUCUCCAUCGCGUGCUGCUAUCCUGACCGGCCGCUAUGGCCUCAGAAAUGGAGUGACUCAUAACUUUGGUGUGAACUCUGUGGCUGGCCUGCCUCUGUCUGAAGUCACUUUGGCCCAGUUGCUGCAGCAGGCCGGUUACUACACCGCUGUUAUAGGGAAAUGGCACCUCGGACACAACGGACCUUACAGUCCAAACAACAGAGGAUUCGAUUAUUACUUCGGCAUUCCCUACAGUAAUGACAUGGGCUGUACUGAUACACCAGGAUAUGAUCUACCCCUGUGUCUCCCUUGUGUUUCAUCAGAACCUCAAGUGAUCAGACAGAGGAGGAGUUUUCACGGUGGCUGUUAUUCCAAGGUGGGACUUCCUCUGGUUGAAAACAGCUCCAUUGUGGAGCAGCCGCUGAACCUCUGGACGCUAACAGAGAAGUACAGAUCUGCUGCUCUCAGGAUUAUACAAAGUGCAAGGGCCCGAGCACAGCCGUAUCUCCUCCUGGUGGCGUCGGCUCACAUGCACGUCCCGCUCGCCCCCUCGGUGGCAGAGCCUUCAGGCGACGAGGUGUACGCCGCCAGCCUGCGGGAACUGGACGGUCUGGUCGGGGCGUUAAAGGCUGCCGCCGAUGAGAUGGAUAGAGGGAAUACUCUAAUCUGGUUCACUGGCGACAACGGCCCGUGGGAAGAAAAGUGCCAGUUUGCAGGGAGCGUUGGACCUUUCACUGGAAAAUGGCAGACCAGCAAAGGCGGCGGAUCAGCUAAGCGGACUACAUGGGAGGGCGGUCACAGGGUGCCAACUGUGGUGUACUGGCCAGGCAGGAUCCCUGCAAACACCACCAGCUCAGCGCUGCUCAGUGGUAUGGACAUCUUUCCAACAGUUCUGUCUCUGGCAGGCAUAGCGCCCCCUGCAGACAGGCGUUACGAUGGAAUCGAUGCCAGCGGCGUUCUGCUGCGCGGCGAACAGUCUGGUCACAAGUUUCUCUUCCACCCCAACAGUGGCGCUGCAGGAAAGUUCGGGGACUUGCAAACAGUUCGAGCCGGAAAACACAAAGCUUUCUACAUCACAGGUGGAGCAGCAGCUUGCAGUGGCAGCACCGGCCAGGAGCAGCUCCACGAUCCACCUCUGAUAUUUGACUUGGAUCGUGAAGAAGCCGAGGAAACACCCCUGCAGUUCGCCACAGCCGAGUACAGGGCAAUUGCAGAGAGGGUAGCCCGCAAAAGAGAGGAACUCCUGUGGGACAUCGCCACUGAUGGAUCGGUGUCCACAGCGGACUACAGCCAAGAUGAAUCAGCGGCGCCGUGCUGCGAUCGGAGACAGGCCGUGUGUCGAUGCCACACUGUGUGCAGAGGCCCGGAAGAAACAUUAAUAACAGGCACAAGGAACGGGCCAUGAGGUAGGCGAACAAAAGCGCAGACACACUUCUCAUUCGCAACAGUUAGUGUGCAGAAAUAGUUGAUUAAAAGGUUCAAUGUCCAGAUGCAGCAGAUGUGCAAACAAGAAAUACCAGCAGCUGAAAUCUGAUUGUUUAUCUGAAUCCAGUUCUGUUUUAGAUCGAUACUUU